AUGAGCGCAGACAGCAGCCUGCUCCUGGGCAGCACGCCCCCCAGCUAUGGGACCCUGAUGACAGGGACAUCAAUCGAUCCCCACAGCUCCUCAGUUUCAUUCGUGAAGCUCAGCGGCUACUGUGGCAGUCCAUGGAGGGCCAUCGGCUAUCACGCCGCGGUCUGGAUGCUGGCCGGGAUCCCUUGGCUGCUAUUCCGCUGGAAGCCCUCGUGGGGCGUGCGCCUGCGCCUGAGGCCAUGCAGCCUGGCCCACGCCGAAACACUCGUUAUAGAAAUAAAAGACAAAGAGGGUAGCUCCCGGCAGCUCUUCACAGUCCAGGUGCAGACUGCGGCUGUUGGCGGGGGCAGCCUGGAGCUGCCUCCACAGGCCCAGGGAGAGGAUGGCCGGAGCCAGGCGGCUGUGGGAGUGGUACCAGAGGGCACAUGGGAAGACACCACCCAGCUCUACAGGCAGAAGGAGACAAAGCAGGUGCUGCGCUAUUACCUCCUCCAAGGCCAACGCUAUGUCUGGAUGGAGACCCAGCAAGCCUUCUGCCAAGUCAGCCUGCUGGACCACGGCCGCACCUGUGAUGAUAUCCACUGCUCCCGCUCCGGCCUCAGCCUUCAGGACCAAGCUAUGAGGAAGACUGUUUACGGCCCCAACGUGAUCAGCAUUCCUGUCAAGUCCUACCUGCAGCUACUAGUGGAUGAGGCACUGAACCCCUACUACGGCUUCCAAGCCUUCAGCAUCGCGCUGUGGCUGGCCGACCACUACUACUGGUAUGCCCUCUGCAUCUUCCUCAUCUCCGCCAUCUCUAUCUGCCUGGCUCUGUACAAAACCAGAAAGCAAAGCGUGACUCUGAGAGACAUGGUCAAGCUGUCCGUGCGGGUGCAGGUGUGCCGGCCUGGAGGAGAGGAAGAGUGGGUGGACUCCAGUGAGCUGGUGCCCGGAGACUGCCUGGUGCUGCCCCAGGAGGGCGGGGUGAUGCCAUGCGAUGCCGUGCUGGUGGCUGGCGAGUGUCUGGUCAAUGAGAGCUCCCUGACAGGGGAGAGCAUCCCAGUGCUGAAGACAGCCCUGCCAGAGGGGCCCAAGCCCUACUGCCCAGAGACCCAUCGGCGGCACACAGUCUUCUGUGGGACCCUCGUUCUGCAGGCCCGCGCCUACCUGGGGCCCCGGGUCCUAGCAGUGGUGACCCGGACAGGGUUCUGCACAGCCAAAGGGGGUCUGGUGAGCUCUAUCCUGCACCCCAGACCGAUCAGCUUCAAGUUCUACAAACACAGCAUGAAGUUUGUGGCAGCUUUGUCUGUGCUGGCUCUGCUUGGCACCAUCUACAGCGUCAUCAUUCUCUACCGCAACCGGGUGCCUGUGAACGAGAUCGUGAUCCGAGCCCUGGACUUGGUGACAGUGGUGGUGCCGCCCGCACUGCCAGCCGCCAUGACCGUGUGCACGCUCUACGCCCAGAGUCGGCUGCGGGCACAGGGCAUCUUCUGCAUCCAUCCGCUGCGCAUCAACCUGGGAGGCAAGCUGCGGCUCGUGUGCUUCGACAAG